AUGGCGUUCACAAGCAAUUUAAAUGAGAAAAAUCCAGAAGCCACGAGGAGACUUAAGAAAAGUUUGCGAAAAUUUCCACCAACAACUUGGAAUGACGUGUAUAACAGAUAUAACACGAAGCUGUGGAUAAAAGAAUAUACGAUUGCACUGCCAAGGGUUGAUGAGAGAGCAAGGUCAAGACGUUCAGAAUUAGAUAAAAGAGCCGGGAAAACAUGUACAAGCCUUACAUGGGUCCUGAACGUCGAGAUUCUCGGUCCUAACAGAAAAACUUACGAUCUGAAUCGAGAUCAAGACAAAAAGAUGCGGGUUCUUCAUCUAGAUUCAGAAAGUAUGGGAGAUAAGAUGUGGUGGCCUAAAGAAAUAAGAUUAGACCCGAGCAAAAGAAAUCCAGAUUAUUGGUGUGAAUUUCACAACCACCAUAGCCAUAGAACAUCAGAUUGCAAGUUAUUACAAGGAGAGAUCGAGCAUUUGUUGAAGCAAGGUUAUCCAACUGACCUGUUCAUCGAGAAAGCUGCAAAGAAGACAUCAAAAAUCACAGCCACUAAUGGGAAACGAAUACGCCAAACCUUGGAAGAAGAGAGUAUAACAUUUGAUGAUGAAGAUGCUUACAACUUGAUGAUUCCUCAUAAGGACGCACAGGUAAUAUCUUUACUUGUACAUAAUACUAACGUAAAACGAGUUUUGAUUGACUCAGGUAGUUCCAUGAAUAUCAUUUUACUAAGAGUGGUGAAUGAAAUGCAAACUAACAACAAAAUGAUACCAAAGGCAUGGUCUUUGUCUAAAUUUGAUAAUUCAAGUGUUAUCACAAAAGGGGAAGUAGUACUUGCUACAUUUGCAGAAGGAGUUAUCAAGGACACAAAGUUUCAGGUGAUAGAUGCAGAUAUGGUUUAUAAUAUAAUCCUAGGAAGACUAUGA